AUGAGCUCCACCACCAUCACAACCGCAACGCCCAACACGGCACAAACAACCACCAUCAUGGCCAGCCCCACGUCGCCCGAGAAGGACCAGAAUAUUUACCUACUGGGUCGCAGUGAAGCCGAGACUGAACGACCCCUCUCAACGAGAUCAUCGGUCUCAUCGGUCCUGGCGACUCUGGCAUUAGUGGCCUCUCUGUGUACAGUGAUUAAUCAGCUCGCUAGGCUCAAUAAGCAACAUCGUUUUCUCGUGGCCAUCUCUGGGCAACACUUGAUUCACCCCGCCAUCCCCCAGGACCGCAUCACAGCCGUCGCAGAUAUCGGCACUGGAACUGGGAUCUGGUUGGCGGAUCUAGCCACUAAACUCCCGAAGGACUCUUCGGUGUACCUCCAUGGAUUCGACAUCUCGGGCGAGCAGUUUCCACCCUCCCACCGCAUUUUCACUCCCGGUCGAUCGACUUCCAUCCCACUUACUGUCCACAGUGCCUUGCACCAGUACCCGCCGGAACAUCGGGGUCGCUAUGACUUUGUCCACAUCCGCCUUCUCACAGCCGGCCUGAAACAGGACGGCUAUACCGCCGUUCUCAAGCAUGCGCGAGAAUUGCUCACGCCGUUUCAAUGGACGCCUUCUGUCCGGGGACUGACAAUUGACUUCGCGGGAAAUCUUUUGAUACUAACCAGGGGUACCCUCGUAGAACCUGACGGCUGGAUCCAGUGGGAAGAAGUCGACACCACCUGCUUCAUCACCGAAGCCAGCCCCGACAUCCCCGCUGUCACCGCCAUGCGCCACUCCGUCAUCAAGGCCAUGUUGAAGCUGAAUCUAUGGCCGUUCGCCCCGCAGCGUGUCUACAAUGAGAUCACGGCCGGUGGCUUCCACAACAUCCGCCGGGAGACGUACACCACCGUGGACAAGCCUUCCCUCCACUCCGUCGCCCCAGUUUGGGUGGCCGGCGUCAUGCGCGCCCUGGUGCCGCCUGCCAUGGUUGUGACUGGGGAGGCUAGGGAUGAGGCCGAUGCUAAGGCGCAAGUUGAGAUCCUAAUUGCCGAGUUUCUGAAGCACAGCGGGGAUGCGUUGCCACUAGUGAACUAUGGGGCGACAGUGGCGCAGAUU